UUUACUUUAACUGUAGCUACAUUACUGGUCAUUAAGAAAUCAAUUCUGACACGAAAUGGGAAAAUAGAAAAACUGAGAGAAGAGAGGACCCAAAAAAAAAUACAUAUAUCUUUUUUGAUCAGUGCCUGGGCGUAUGAUUGUUGCGUCUCUUCAUCGUCUCCAUCCUCGAAUCUCGAUCGCCACAUCACCGGGUUCUAUCCUUCACGAUGUGUCUUCGAGCAUGAGAUUUGGAUUGACGCGACAUCUCCCUUUGAAACGAUCUUUCGCCAAUUAUUCAAUCACUUCCCGAUCGCCAGAAUUACUGCCAAAAUCGCCGGUGACCAUGGCGACCACCGAGAGCGCAAGUCAUGUAAAAACUUCGACGGAGGAGACAGAUAAGAAGAAGACGGAGGAGGGAGUUGAUAGCAAGGAGGAGGAGAAGGAGGUUUCGCUUCCUCCGCCGCCGGAGAAACCAGAACCUGGCGAUUGUUGCGGUAGCGGCUGUGUCCGAUGCGUUUGGGAUGUCUAUUACGAAGAGCUCGAAGAUUACAACAACUCGAUUUCUGGACUUACUAAAUCAAACUGAGUGAAUUUGCUUCUGAUUAUUUUUUUCUCACAAUGAUAUUUGUCUAUGUUGAUCUGUUUCAUUGCUUUGUCGAAGCAACAUUUUGGAUCUCUCUAUGAACUUUUGAGAGCUGAUGAGCAUAUAAUUAUAUCAA